GUUGAGCGCCGGCGUGUGGGCCUCCAGCGUGUGCGUGAUGAGUUCAAGAUCGAGAAUCUGCGACUUCAGCACUCAGCGCCUCACCUCUUUGUCUCUUCACAGUGGCAACAACAUAGCCGAAUGUCAUGCCUCUACCUGGGUUACAGAAUCUUCUGGGCCCUGUACUUCAGCAUGUGGGCAGUAUGGGCCUGGGUGGGAUCCAUGGGUUAUGAUGCAGACAUCUCCAUGAAGGCCUAUUUCUUGCUUUACAUGACAAACUGGGGUGUGUGGACACUGGCCAUAGACACAAUAAUUCAGGCCAUCAACGUUAUACUGCACUUUAAGAAAAUUUCAGAAGAUGUUUGUCAUGUAAAGCAAGAAAUAGGCCUUCAUGGAGAGGGUCUGCAUCAUAACCCAUGGAUCCCCCCCGGGCCAUACUGCCCACAUGCUGAAGUACAGGGCCCAGAAGAUUCUGUAACCCAGGUAGAGGCCAUGACAUUCGGCUAUGUUGUUGCCACUGCAAGGAAAAUAAAUUCAAAUACUACUUUAACUUCUGUGGAUAAA